CUCCUUUAGUUUGAAAUGACUACUUGGUCUAGCAUUGCCUUACUACUGGGCUUAGGCCUUUUAGCCGUGGAUGCGGCUGCGCCCUGGUGGCAGACGGCCUCCUUCUAUCAGAUCUAUCCCCGCUCUUUUAAGGAUAGCGAUGGAGAUGGCAUUGGCGAUCUGAAUGGUGUUACCGAGAAGCUGGAGUAUCUGAAGGAGAUUGGUGUGACAGCGACUUGGUUGUCGCCGUUCCUGCGCUCACCUAUGGCUGACUUUGGAUACGAUAUAUCGGACUUCAAGGAAGUGGAUCCUCUCUUCGGCACAAUGGAAGACUUUGAGAACAUGGUAGCACGUGCCAAGCAGCUAAAUGUUAAAAUCAUCUUGGACUUUGUGCCCAACCAUUCGAGCGAUGAAUGCGACUGGUUCAUUCGCUCUGCUGCCGGUGAAGAGAAGUACAAAGACUAUUACAUCUGGCAUCCGGGCUUUUUAGAGAACGGGGAACGCAAGCCGCCAACCAACUGGGUGAGCGUAUUCCGUGGGUCGGCCUGGGAGUGGCACGAGGGUCGCCAGGAGUACUAUCUGCAUCAGUUCCACAAGAAGCAGCCGGACUUUAACUUCCGCAAUCCCGUCGUGCGCGAGGAAAUGAACAAUGUUCUGCGUUUCUGGCUGGAGAAGGGCGUCGACGGCUUCCGCGUGGACGCCAUAUAUCAUGCCUUCGAGGUUGAAGCCGAUGCGAAUGGCAACUACCCGGACGAGCCUCGCAACGACUGGACCAAUGAUCCCGACGAGUACGGCUACACCCACAAAAUCUAUACGGUCGACCAGCCCGAGACGCCGCAUUUGGUGUACGAAUGGCGUGAGAUUCUGGAACAGUUCCAGAAGGACAACGGCGGUGAGGAACGCAUACUCAUGGUGGAGACCUGGUCCCCCAUUGAGAUUGUGAUGCACUACUAUGGCAACGAGACAGCCGAGGGCGCACAGAUACCCUUCAAUUUCCAGCUGAUAAGCAAUCUGCAAAUGGACUCCGAUGCCUAUCACUACGAGUACUUGAUCAACAACUGGCUAUCGCUAAUGCCGACCGGCAAGAGUGCCAACUGGGUGAUUGGCAAUCACGAUAAGAACCGCGUCGGUUCACGGUUUGGAGCCGAUCGCGUUGAUCUGUUCAACAUUUUGUUGCUCACGCUACCCGGCUGCAGUAUCACCUACCAGGGCGAGGAGCUGGGCAUGCUGGAUGGCUAUGUCUCGUGGGAAGAUACAGUGGAUCCUCAGGCCUGCAAUGGGUACGAGGAGAAUUACAUGGCGAUGUCCCGGGAUCCCGCCAGAACGCCCAUGCACUGGACGAAUGGUAAGUUGGCUGGUUUCACCAGCGGCAGCGACACCUGGCUGCCAGUUGCCCUGGACUUUGCCCAGCGCAAUGUGCAGACGGAGCGCGGUGCUCCGCUCAGCCAUUUAAAUGUGUUCAAGCGUCUGCAGCAGCUGCGCCAGGAGCCAACCAUUGAGCAAGGAGCCGCUGAAGUGAAGGCUGUCAGUGGCUAUGUCUUGGCGGUCAAGCGCUAUCUGAGUGGCAAUUACGUGUACAUUUCGCUCUUCAACAUUUUCGAUCAUAUUGAGAAUGUGAAUCUGAAUGACGUAUUCAGCGGGCUGCCGGACAAUUUCCAGUAUGCCCUGGUCACCGACAAGUCCAUCAAGCAGCUGGGAGACAAGGUCUCCGCCAGCAGUGUCACCCUUAUGCCCCACGAAGCCGUUGUUCUACGCUCCACAACAACCAUCUAAGCCAGCACAGAAUAACAAGAGUUGUGAGAAAUAAAAAAUGGAUUUCUAUCUCGAUGGGAUUUA